AUGUCGCAGCUCUGGCAACCCACCUCCCCCACCACUGAGAACGCGCCCGCGAGUCCUCCGCGGGCCGCUUCGCCCAAGGACUCGACCAAGCAGCGCAACCCCGGCCGGCGCAUCGCGCAGAUUGUCAAGCUCCGCCCCGAGUACCUGGCCGAGUACAAGAAGUGCCACGCCGCCGUCUGGCCCGAGGUGUUGAAGCAAAUCAAGGAGUGCAACAUUGUCGACUACAGCAUCUCUUGGGACGAUGCCAGCAGCAUAUUGUUCGCAAACUUCAAAUAUGUCGGCUACGACUACGCGGGCGACAUGGAGAAGAUGCGCGAAAACCCCAAGGUUCGGGAAUGGUGGGCCAUGACGGACAAGAUGCAAGAGAGUCUUGUGCCUGGUGCAAAGAGCAGCGAGUCUGGUGAGCCGUCGUGGUGGAAAGGUCUGGAGGAGGUGUUUUACUGCCCAUAG